AUGGGACUCAUCACCGGUCUCGUCUCCACUGUAGUCCACGUCGCCGCCGGCCGGAACCCCUACGGCCACAACCACAACCAGACAGCCCAGCCUACAAACGGCUACCAGACCGCACCGAGGACCGUCCACCACGAGAACAACGCCGUCUGCAGCGCCGGGCCGGACGGCCAACCCUGCGGCAUCUGCGCCGUCGCGCUGCCCUUCGGCAAAGGACGGCAGGCCAAGGCCGAGAGGCGGGCGAUGAAGUACGAACGCAGGGCCGUCAAGCAUGCCAUGAAGGCGCAGCGGUACUGUGGGGCGCGUGGUUCGGGGUGCGGUAGCAAAUAUACGACUGCCACGCCUUACCAACAGCAACAGUACCAGCGGGAUAUGGCCCACGGCGGGAGACAGGAGGAGGGCGUCGAGGAGUGGCAAGAGCGCCGGAGGGCUUCGACAGGCGAGAACGUGCCGCCGCCUGCUUACGAGGAGGGAGAGUCUUCAGCGGUGGCUGCGAGGCGGAGUGUCGAGGUCUUGGGAGGGGACGAGAAGCACGCUGUGAAGGCCUGA